UCCGAUGGGCGUCAGGCCCUAGAGGGGACACAAGCCACUCAGCUGAGCAGGCCCUGAGUCUGCUUUGUGCGAGGUGAGGAUCAGAGAGGCGCCUGUGAGAGGCACGGAGAGAAGCCUUUCAAGAGACUCACAGAUGUGAGGACUGCCCUGGCCUGAGGACCGCGACAAAGCUUCUGCCGGCUGCUAGGCACCGAGACCCCCACUCGACACCUCCAACAGGAGUCAACCAGGCCGCCUGGGGCUGAGAAGACCCAACCCAGGGGACAGAUGGCUUCAACCGGCCUGGAACUCCUAGGCAUGACCCUGGCCGUGCUGGGCUGGCUGGGGACCCUGGUGUCCUGUGCCCUGCCUCUGUGGAAGGUGACCGCCUUCAUCGGCAACAGCAUCGUGGUGGCCCAGGUGGUGUGGGAGGGGCUGUGGAUGUCCUGCGUGGUGCAGAGCACCGGCCAGAUGCAGUGCAAGGUGUACGACUCGCUGCUGGCGCUGCCCCAGGACCUGCAGGCCGCCCGUGCCCUCUGCGUCGUCGCCCUCUUGCUGGCCCUGCUCGGCCUGCUGAUGGCCAUCACGGGUGCCCAGUGCACCACGUGUGUGGAGGACGAAGGCGCCAAGGCCCGCAUUGUGCUCACCGCGGGGGUCACCCUCCUCUUGGCAGGCAUCCUGGUGCUCAUCCCCGUGUGCUGGACGGCCCACGCCAUCAUACAGGACUUCUACAACCCCCUGGUGGCCGAGGCCCUCAAGCGAGAGCUGGGAGCCUCCCUCUACCUGGGCUGGGCGGCCGCUGCGCUGCUCAUGCUGGGCGGGGGGCUGCUCUGCUGCACAUGCCCCCCACCCCAGGCCGAGCGGCCCCACGGGCCCAGGCUGGGCUACUCCAUCCCCUCUCGCUCUGGGGCAUCUGGACUGGACAAGAGGGACUACGUGUGAGG